GUCACGACUUUGCUUCUUACCGAAAUUUCCGGCACAGUUUCGAGUCUACCGGCGGACGGAAUAUACUUGAAAGAAGAUGACUUGCUACAACUCCCGGUGAGGUCAAAGUCAUUGGGCCAAAGCAUGAAAGAAAGAGAGUCCUGCAAAGGCUCCUCCUCUUAUCGGACUUUUCUUCUCUCGAAAACAAAUUCAGAUUCAGACAAAAGACCACAACUGCCUUUCUUAUUAUUUUGGGUAAUUAGACUCCUUUAGACCACAGCUGCUUUACGAGACCAAAACCCAAGCCCAGAAAGAAAAAAAGAAAAGAAAAACCCUCAUCUUCUUCUUCCUCCCCACUCCCCACUUCCCACUCCCCAGACGAAAAGGAAAGGAAAAUAAAGAAACAUCCUACCCCCUACACCCUUGUCUAGACUCUAAACAAAAACAAAAUAUCUAUCUAUACACCCAUCUCUCUGCUUUGUGUUGUUUUGUGUUGUACUCUUUCAAACACAACUCUCUCUCUCUCUCAAACACGAUCGACUAUACCCUCAUCUCACUGUCACCGCAACAAAAGAGAGAAAGAGAAGUUCACCGAAAAGAUUUCCAGCUUUUGUUUGUUUUUGGCUUUUUGGCUUUUUUACAGAACUGACUGUUAAAGUUUUGUUUAUCUUGCUUUUUUUUGCCUUUUCGUUUAUUAUUUUCCGGCAAUGGAAUCGCCGGAAAGCGUAUCCAUAGAAUUCGAAGCCGCCGAAAAGAUAAUCCUCCGUUGGGACUCGACCGCAUCGGAGGAGGGCAGGGAACGAAUGAUAUUCGAUGGAGAUCGGGAAGAAGCUGACCGAUACCUACGGGCUGUCGAUGAGAUCCAACGCUCCAUGGAAUCCGUCUCCAUAUCUGCGGAUCCUAGCAAGGUCAACGGUGCAAUCCAGAUCGCCAUGGCCCGCCUUGAAGACGAGUUUCGUAACAUAUUGAUAACCCACACCAAUCCGCUCGAGACGGACUCUCUUGUCGACCCCUUUUCUUCAAGUAUCUCCAGCUGCAGAGCCGAAAGUACCGGCGAUUUCGAAGAUGAAGAUUACCCGGAAGACGAAGCUCACAACAGCAGAGAAGAUGAAGAACAAGUUCUGCAGCAUGAGGGUCAAGAAGGCAGUAGUCGUACUUCAAGCUACCGGUCAACCAGCAGUAUCCGUGAGAUCGAUCUCAUCCCAUCUGAAGCCAUCUACGAUCUCCGUAGCAUAGCCGAGAGGAUGAUCUCUGCCGGCUACUUGCGCGAGUGCAUACAGGUCUACGGGAGUGUUCGUAAAUCAGCCGUUGAUGCGAGCUUCCGCCGCCUUGGCAUCGAGAAGCUCAGCAUCGGCGAUGUCCAGAGAUUAGAGUGGGAUGCCUUGGAAGCCAAGAUCCGACGGUGGAUACGGGCCGCCAAGGUCUGCGUUCGAAUCCUCUUCGCAAGCGAGAAGCGCCUCUGCGAACAGAUCUUCGAAGGUCUGGGACCCGGCGCCGAUGAUGCCUGCUUCAUGGAGACCGUUAAGGGUCCGGCCAUCCAGCUCUUCAACUUCGCCGAGGCCAUCAGCAUCAGUCGACGCUCGCCCGAGAAGCUCUUCAAGAUUUUGGACCUCCAUGACGCACUGUCCGACCUCCUGCCGGACGUCGACGCUGUAUUCGGGUCGAAGUCGUCCGAAUCCGUACGCGUGCAGGCUGCCGAGAUUCUCUCACGGCUUGCGGAGGCCGUCAGAGGUAUAGUCUCCGAAUUCGAGAACGCUGUGCAACGGGAGCCGUCCAAAGUUCCGGUUCCUGGUGGAACAAUUCACCCGCUGACGAGGUACGUGAUGAACUAUAUCAGUCUAAUCGCCGAUUACAAGCAGACCCUGGUGGAGCUUAUCGUUUCCAAGCCGUCAACCGGCUCACGGUACUCAGGGGACCCCACAACACCCGAUAUGGAUUUCCCAGAACUGGAGAACCGGUCGCCUCUAGCCCUCCAUCUGGUUUGGAUCAUUGUAAUCCUGGAAUUCAAUUUGGAGGGAAAGGCUAAGCACUACAAAGAUGCCUCCCUGGCUCACAUCUUCCUCAUGAACAAUGUUCACUACAUCGUCCAGAAGGUCAAAGGGUCACCGGAGCUCCGGGAGAUGAUAGGAGAUGAUUACCUAAGGAGGCUAACCGGGAAAUUCAGGCAGGCUGCGACGAACUACCAAAGAUCGACAUGGGUGCGUAUUCUGUAUUGCCUUAGGGAUGAAGGCCUACAUGUGAGUGGGAGCUUCUCGUCUGGGGUUUCGAAAACAGCUUUGAGGGAAAGAUUCAAGACCUUUAACUCUAUGUUUGAAGAGGUUCACCGGACUCAGGCAGUGUGGUUGAUACCGGACAUUCAGCUGAGGGAAGAGCUCAGGAUAUCUAUAUCGGAAAAGCUAAUCCCUGCUUACCGCUCCUUUCUAGGCCGGUUCCGGAGCCAUAUUGAGAGCGGCAAACACCCUGAGAUGUAUAUCAAGUACUCGGUCGAGGAUCUAGAGACUGCCAUCUUGGAUUUCUUUGAAGGAUACCCAGUUUCCUUGCACUUGAGGAGGAGAUCUCAGUGAGGAAUGAAUUUUAAGUAAACUAGGAUGGAGUGUUACAAGUUAGAACAUAGGAAAUAUUCUUUAAAUUUUUGAGGGAGUAUCUGGGUGAAUGGGAUUCCGGCGAAAGGGGUUUGUUUAGGAAUUUGAUUGGAUUCUUCCAAAGAACCCAACUCGAAUUGAGUCCCAGAUAAUAUGAUGUAAAGAUUGGAGGAGACCUAGCUGUCGGGAAGAUGAGGUGGAGCUUCCAGAGUAGCCAGGGCCUAUUCCCACAUGCUCCUGCCCUGUACCACAAUACUGCCAUGUAAAUCGAAUAGCAAACUACUAGACAUUGCAAACUCUCAAACUGUUAUGUUCAGCCAAAGGAUUGGAUGCAGAACUCAUGAAGUAGAAAACAGGACAAAAAUACACAAAAUUGGUAGCCAGAGCUGUUUUGACCUUUGAUACAAGAUGCUAAUGUUAUCCAGAAAUUCAAAAUA